AUGGGCCAUUGUCUGUGCGCCAGAGUGACGGAAAUUAUGAAACUUACCUUGGCAAACAUUGACUUUGAGAAUGGCAUGGUCCACAUUGACCGUCUCAAGAAACAGGCAUCAACUGACAAACCUAUGCUGACAGCACUGUUUGAGAAGCUCAAUGAAUGGAAGGAAAAUUGUGGAUUGACAAUCACACGCACCCGGAAAUGUGGCAGCAGGGGCCUGGUGACCUUCCAGGACACGUGGACCUGGCCCACAGCAUCUCUUCCAGAUCUCUUUCCAGCAGUUCGCAGUGAUUGCAAGGGAAAGAUCAUGAACAAGGACACUGUCUCUGCAGCUAUAAGACGGGCCAGGAAGACCUUUGUCCCACCUAAUGUUGGUGAAGUCAAGGUGGCCCACAUCAGGUUCCACAGCGGAAGACAUCGGGCAAUCAAUGACCUCAAGAUGCACAAUGUCAAAAACAGAGGUUGGUAA